AUGUCGAACGGACGUAGUUCCUCAUCGAGCUUCGAAAUGAUCGAAUCCGAGCAGUCAUCCAAUGACGAGAGCGCCUUUGAGACGCCGAACGAAUGGAAUUGGUGGGAGGAGCCGGUGUGCGAAGCCCGGAACGAACUGCCCGUCGCGGAGGAGGAGGAGGAGGUUGAAAUCAACGUGGACAUAGUUGGUGGUUCGCCGGGACGUUUCACUUGUGAAGUGGAUCAUUCGGAGUGCAGUGUGUACUCGGAGGACUCGCAAGACUCGGAGGACUCGGAGGACUCGAAGGACUCGGAGGACUCGAAGGACUCAGACACGUCCGAUGAAGCGGAGAGAAAUCGUCCGACCCGCGUGACGCGUCAUGAUAUUUACUCGCAAUUGAAGAAGCAAGGCAACAACCAGUCGUACCUCACGCGCACAAUUUGCGACGAAGUGCAAGAGUUGCGCCAGGAGAGCUGCUUCUUGCGACAGGUCAUGGCGGAGGUCAGCAAGUUGAUGCUGAACCUCCAGGAGCACGAUCUCGUCGUGAAGACGUUGAGGAAGGAGAACUGCCGGCUGAGGACUCUGCUGAACCAGCAGAACAUGGAUAACAUGGUCAAGGCUAUGGAAAGUCGGAAUAAAGAGGUAAAGCACAAUUUUGUAAGGCAACAAGUACCUAAUUCUACAUUUAUUUUCAGUCCAUGAUUCCGACGAUGAACGAACUGCACGGAGGAUGGAAGAUGGUCUCCUCGAAGAACGUCGACAAGUACCUGAAGAAGCGAGCCGACGAGGAGAUCGAAGACGUUGUGUUCCAGUUGGGAACCCUUCACUUCAGUGUGGACAGAUACGACGUAAUGAUGCACACGGAGCUGCUCGGCAAGAUCCACGACAAAAUAACAGCCACGGUCGGCGAAAUAUACAUGGACGGACAAGUGGCAAAGGCGAUUUUCGUCGAGGACGGAAUCUUCAAAUCGGUGACGAUCGAGGAGAAUUUGGAGGAAAAGGUCGAGAAGCGAUGGGUGGAGAACGGGAAGUUGCACUUCGAGUUGCAGCAUAUGGACGUGACGUGUACUCGUAUAUACGAGAAGAUUGUGCCGAAGAGCGUGGCGCCGAAUCCAGAGUACAAAACAAUCCAGCAGGCGAUUAUCGGACGAUGGAAGAUGGUCUCUUCCGUGAACCUCGAAGCGUACCUUAAGAAAUGCGGUCUCAACGAGGUGGAGCAACACCGUUGGCGCGUCGGAACGCUCGGAUAUAUGGCCAACGGAGAUCGCUUCGACACGUAUACGGCGCUGGACGGUAAGCGCGUUCACACGUGGCGCUUCGAGAUGGGAGUCGAGGAUCGGUGCUCGAACAGUCUGGUCCUCACAACCGUCAUCGACAACAUACUGACGAGCGUCAAGAGAAGGCUGAACACGAAGGAGGAGUACAGCCGAGUGGAGAGGCUCAUCGAGAACGGACAGCUGCACAUCUUCAACCGGGACUCGGACUGCUUCUGUCUCCGCGUCUACGAGCGCUUGUAA